GACAGUCAACAGCAAAGCCACGUCUUCGACUCCACAAAGAAUAGCCGACCAAACCCUAGCCCGGCCGGCGGCGACCCCCAUGGCACCCAGCGCGGCGGUGCGUCCAACACCAUACCUAAGCUAGCACUGAAUCACGGCUCGCCGCCUCCACGUUCCACUCUCCAGCAGCCGCACCACCGUCCCAGCACUGGAACCGCCCCCCAAAUUCCCCACCUCCGGUCCCCAAAUUCCGCACCUCCGGCCCAAAAUUACCCGCCUCGCCAGCCGCCGGACAUGAAGAAGACGCCACCCGCAUCCUCCGGGCGCAGACCACGGAAACGGGGACGGGACGGCGAUCUCAUCGGCCAUGAGGACCUCGUCCCACACGGAGAUCUCAUCAGCGAGCUUCCCGAUGCCAUCCUCUGCACAAUCAUCUCACUCCUCCCGACGAAGGACGGCGCCCGCACGCAGGUCCUCUCCCGCCGAUGGCGCCCUCUCUGGCUCUCCACGCCACUCGACCUCGACGCCAACUACCGCAUCUGCUUCAACGAUUUCAAGCGCUUCUCCAUUGUCUCCCAGAUCCUCUACGACCACCCUGGUCCCGUCCGCCGCUUUCACUUCCGCUCUAUCCGCCUUCACAAAGCCAAAAAGAGGUAUGCCGAGGAAGCCGCGCUGAUCGACAGCUGGUUCCACUCCCGGGCCCUUGCCAAACUUCAGCAGCUCGACAUCUCCUUCCAUGCCUACGAGAACGAGAAGCAUUACCCGCUGCCACUGUCCGUGUUUCAUAUCGCGCCAACCCUCCUCAUGGCCAGAAUCGGCUCUUGUGAUUUCCCGAAAGAGAUUGCUCAUGCAAUGAAUUUUCACCUCCUGAAGAAGCUCACCCUACAACAUGUUUCCAUCUCCGAUAAUGUGUUCCAUGGGAUGCUCUCUGGCUGCCAUGUCCUGGAGACCCUACAUCUGGAGGAUAUUCGUGACGUGCCUUGCUUCCGCAUUACCUCGUCAACUCUUAGGAGCAUCGGUAUUUGUGCUUGUUAUUUGAGCAAAGCGGAAUUCAUCAUUGAGGACGCCCCUCGCCUUGAGAGGUUGCUGCUAUCUAGUCAAGGUGCUGAGACUAUCCGGGUCAUUAGGGCUCCUAAACUGGAGAUAUUGGGCCCUUUGUCGCCCUGCAUUUCUGAAAUCAAGAUUGGUAACCUAGUCUUCCAGGGACUUAUCCCAGCCAGCUUGAAAACCCCGAUACGCACGGUGAAAAUUUUGGCUCUCGAGAUUUCUAGUCCUGAUGUGAACGUUGUUCUUGAUGUCCUCAGAUGUUUCCCCUGCUUGGAAAAACUCUAUGUCGAUUGGGAUCCAAACUUAAAGACAGAGGUGAAAAAUGUGCUUCAGUAUGACCCACUAGAUCUGAUAGAAUGCCUUGACACCCGUCUAAACAAACUGGUGUUGAGAAGAUAUGAAGGUAGUGAGGAAGAUUCUGGCUUUGGCAAGUUCUUUGUUUUGAACGCCAAAGUGCUAAAGGAAAUGACAAUUGGAGUCCGUGGGAAGGUCAAAAGGAAGUGGGUGGCUAAUCAGCACAUGCUGCUUGAAGUGGAAAACAAAGCUUCUCGAGACGCCCAAAUCAAAUUCAGAUAUCGUCCUCACUUAUAUUUGGAUGUCCAUGAUUUGUCAAUUCCUGACCCCUUCAAUCACGCUUUUGUAGGCCAGCUAGAUGCCCUAUCAAAAUAAGCAUAUCUUUGAUUUUCCCAUGGCCAAUCCCAUUUGGCUGCUUGUCCUGUAGACCAGGUCGACAUCCUCUUUAGUCCAACUCUUAAAUUUGAUUGGCCGCAGUGUCUGUAGUUCCUUCGUAAUUCCAAAGUAUUUUUGCAUGGAUAUGUCGAUGUCGAGCCUUGUUCAGAUUAAAAUGGAUUCAAACCUUGUUUGUUCCAGUUUCGAAUGGAUUGUUCCAGUUCCCGACUAAAA